AUGCGCAUCAUAGCCAUUGUUCUUGCUGGCUUUACCGCCGUAGCCAAAGCCUCUUCUGUUUCUGUCGCGUCACCUAUAGCUUCCACGGAAAGCUUACCAAUGGUUGUGCCAAUACCUGCUCCGGUCGCUCAACCGAUUGUUCCCGGUUUUACAAGACCAGAGGAUGUUCAAGCUGUCAUUCGAAGACUCAACGGUCUAGCUUCUGGUGUCUUUUUGCAAGUCGAUAACUUUGGAGGUAGCGGUAUAAAAGUUCAAGUCAUUUGGAAUGCGUAUCUGCGCUGUCGGGAUAUGAUAGACGGGAUUGAAAGAGCGUUCAACGGUAUAAGCCACCGACACACGACCCCUUUUGGGUUUAAAGAGCAAAGAGACAUUUGCUCAAUGUUUGACUCGUUCGGCAUCAACCAAUCGAAGCUCGUUACUGUGUUGGUCAAAGACUCGGAUUUUAUAGCGACGAGUGGCUUUGCCAAACAUUUUGGACAUUGCUUCGCUCGAUUACGGCCUGCGAUGACCAAAUUUAUCGAAGAUCUCACGACUUACACGCCGAACUGCGAUCUCGAAAUGCUAAGAAGGAAAGACCAGCUUGAGGUGUCAUAUGGUGGUGCUGUGGGGAUAAUGGAGGAUCAUCACGAGGGGAGCUCGGAGCACAUUCCUUUGCCCCUGGACUGA